AUGGGUGUUCCGCUUUCAAAGCCUGUGCUUACCCGCAUUCAGGAACGCUACGGUAAUGAUGUGUUCCGCUGCGGCUCUUGCUGCGUGAAUGGCUACCGGGAGAGCAUGGAAGAUGCGCACCUUGUCUAUCUGCAGCCCAAUUGGGGUUUUUUCGGCGUCUUUGACGGCCACGUAAAUGAUGAGUGCUCAACAUAUCUGGAAAAUGCUUGGCGUGCCGUGAUGGAGCGAGAGAAGGAUAAUAUUCCUCUCAGCGACGAUCGCUUGCGUGAGAUCACACUCCAAAUUGAUCAAGAGUGGAUGAAUUCAGGGCGUGAGGGUGGUAGCACGGGUACUUUCUUUAUAGGAAUCAAAGAGGGCAAUGCAAUACAUCUUCAGGUUGGUAAUGUUGGCGACUCGCGUGUUGUUGCCUGCAUCAAUGGGGUGUGCAAUCCCCUUACGGAAGAUCACAAGCCGAAUAACGAGACGGAGCGGCAGCGCAUUGAGGAGUGCGGCGGGCGUGUGGAAAAUAAUCGCGUGGACUCCUGCCUAGCCGUCAGCCGUGCGUUUGGUGAUCGCGACUACAAGACAAACUCCGCCGGCCAGCUUAAGCAGAAGGUCAUUGCACUUGCUGACGUUACCCAUGCUGAUGUAACAUAUAAUAGCGAUGACUUUGUGAUCUUGUGCUGUGAUGGCGUCUUUGAGGGGGAGUUCACGAACGAGGAUGUGAUUUGUUUCAUUAAGGAUCAGCUGAGGACGACCAAUGACCUAUGCGAGGUUGCCGCGAGGGUCUGUGAGGAGGCUAUUGAACGAGGCAGUCGCGAUAAUAUUUCUUGUGUUAUUGUGCAAUUUAAGAAUGGACAGGAUUACAACAAGGACCCCCAUCAUACUAUAGUACCAGGACCGUUUUCAGUCCCCCGGCAAGCAAACUUCCGCAAGGCGUACGAGAAUAUGGCGGAGAAAGGUAUGACCACUGUCGGUGCUUUGCUAGAGAAACGUUAUGAUGCAAUCCGGGGCAUGACUAACCCCCCAACCGAGCUAGAGGAGGAGCUGAGCGUCUUCGGCGAAGGUCCCCCGCUAAACCUAAUGGGAGCAGCGCGCACGGAGUGGUUUUGCAAUCUUUACCAGCAUCUGUGUGAAACCUAUAAUUCAUCACCACAAUCAGAUAUGGACCGCAUCCAAUUCAUCCAGCAGCAAGUAGGAGUACCACUGACUACACUGCUUUCGAUGAUGGGUGAUGCUUCGAUACCUUGA